AUGCUUUUCAGCCUCCUCUUGGUUGUUUUUGCAGGCACUUCUCCUGUUAUUGCGCUCAUCGGAAGGACGCUCCAACGUCGAGGUCCCCAGACAUCAGCCGUUUGCACCGUCGACUUUCUGCUGGUACAUUCCUGCAUUAAAUUCGACGAAUACGUACACCAAUCCGAACUCAACGAUCGCCAACGUCUGCACAUGGUGCAAUUUUGCAACUUUUCGCACCCACUCACAGCUAAUGCCAACACCGACCCCCCUAGUUCAUGGCUGGCGUACAAUCUUUUGGCUGCUUGCGCGGACUGUCAGGGUUUUAUGCAAGCCGUUCCAAAGUAUCAUUUCCAGUACCCCCAUUUUAUCUCGUUGUUAAAGUUCUGGGAUUUCAGUUACUUCCCCAGUAGUUAUCCGCUUCCCGACGGUACCUUCAUUCCCUACUGGGCCACUACAGAUCCAACAACCUGGCCAUCCCAACACUUUGACGUAACAACAGCGAAGAACAUUUCGCAACAAGGACACCGUGACAUAAGCAGCACUGCUGCCUCCGCUUCGAAGAAGAAGAGAACUCCAAUUGGCCUUAUCGUUGGCAUGAUCGUUGGCGGGCUCGCCCUCGUUGCUUUGGCAGGUGGGACCACUUUCUUGAUCUGUAGGCGACGGCGCACUACUCGCCCGCCAUACUCACCAUCCGUAACUAUGGAGCAUCUGACACACAUUCGGUCACCAUCUGAUAUAACCAUGACCUCGAUUGGCUCUCUUGGGUACGCAACCUUGGUCUCAACAUCCACCUCCCCUCAAGAUCGCAGGAUAACCACCUACAGUCACGAUACUAGCCCACAGUCCCCGUCAUACCUUAACUCACCAAUCGCUACAAUCCCCCACACCACACUUCCCACCGCAACACGUUCAAACCUGGAAGGUGUCAUUGACCCAUUCAUCAGUCCGCUUGGCCCCAUAAAUAUCCCGCCUGGUGACAGGAAAAGUGCAACUGGGCCCACGCCAGUGAACGAUGCUUCAACCACCACUCCCAUUAGAAUUCAAAGUUGGGCAGAGCCGCGAAGAUCCCGCCUCAAUCCACCUCCUUACAGUGCUACGGACGACUCCCCAUCCCCGUCAGCCCGAACACAACGACGGCAUACACACCAAACGGAUACCUACUGGACACACACAUCUGGUCCACAGAGUGGUAGCGGUCAGGCUGGCGCAUCUCCUUUUGGUGACCUCUUGGCCCGAGUCCCUGAAAAUUCACCUCCAGCCCGCGAGCGGGUUGGGGGUGAGCUUAACAUAGAUUCCAAGCGUGAGAAGAGAAAGGGCACCAAGAGUGUGGAUCCGAGAGAUAUUGCCUGA